CGACACGGAGACGGGCAAGCAGGUGGUGAAGCUGGAGGCAAGCCAGGAGAUGAGCGGCAACCUUGGCAAGCACAUCAACAAGGUGAUCAGCCACCCGACGCUACCGGUUACGAUAACGGCACACGAGGAUCGCCACAUUCGCUUCUGGGACAAUGGUACCGGUUCGCUCGUACACUCGAUGGUCGCGCAUCUGGACGCCGUCACCAGCCUGGCGAUCGAUGGCCAUGGGUUGUACCUGCUGUCCGGGUCGCACGACUGCUCGAUCCGCCUCUGGCACAUGGACAACAAAACGUGCGUCCAGGAGAUUACCGCCCAUAGGAAAAAGUUCGACGAAAGCAUACUGGACGUUGCGUUCCAUCCCUCGAAACCGUUCAUCGCCAGUGCGGGCGCUGACGCGAUCGCUAAGGUGUUCGUUUAAUAUGCCAUAGCGCGGGCCCCACCCCACCCUCCACCACCACCACCACCACCGUGUGAGUGAACGAAUCUGUGUAAUCCUUGUUGUUGGCAGGUAACCUGUUCGCCGCUGUUCCUCCUUCCUGGUCUCUUCCCCCUUAUCCCACACACAUACACACACUCUCACACGCGCCGAUAUACACUACGUUAAUGGAGCGCUUCUCUCGUCAAUACACCCUUUGUGUUUAAGCUACCCUUUUUUCUUCUAUAGUUUUUACGAAUUCAUUUAAAUUAAAAGUUCAUCGUAACGAGACAGCGUAUGUGGACGGAGAAGCGCAGCGAAAACGAGACGAUUUAUGGAGGUAGACGCGGAGCCACUGUAAGAGCGACAAAUGAGACAAAUAUACAAUCCUAGCUUAAAACUCGAGCAUGCUACUAAGAGUCAUGGCCCCGGUACUGUGGCCCCCAAAAACAAGCCGUGUGCGUGUGCGUGUGUGUUUGUAUGUGUAAGUGGAGCAUGUGUGUGUGCGCACGCUCGCGCGCGAAGGCAAAGUUAUAGUCUGAUGGUUAUGAGGUACACGUGUUCGCUAGGACGGUCCCCCAUCUAACGCCACCCUAACCUCUGGAAUACUCCUGUCGUGCACACACACACACACUCCACUCCGAUGGUGGUGUGUGUUGGGCGGAAUAGCGAAAGUGCAACGAUAGCGCGCCCUCUGCCAGUAGCAACAAUAUUGUGUACAUUAGGUAGAUUCGAAGUGGGAGGUGUGGAGGGCAUAAUGAUGUGGUGUUGGUGUGGCAAUGGAGUCAGUGGGCCGAAGGGUUAAGAUUGAGCCUGCGCUGGAAUUGAGCGUUCCCGUCUUCUUCCAUCUCUUUAUCUCAGCCCUUCAUCAUUCGUUCGUUUGAGCUACUGCAUUCUCUAACACUUUCCUUUACUUUCGAAGAAUUGCAUUAGUGGCACAGAGAGGGCAGUCAGUAGUCGGGCAGUGAGGGAAGAACUGAAUAGCAUUACACAAUGGUAAACACGGAUUUCAUAGCUUUGCAGAAUGGUUUGCUAUUGCGCUUGAUCGUGGUGAAGAAGCCGGAGAAGACCGAAUGCAAAAAAACCUUUCGAUGCUCAUCCUCUGGUCACCGCCAUAAGCAGCGUACCUUUGGGGGUUGGAACAAAUCAGACAAAGUAAUAUUGGAUGGGGAAAAGGUUUCCGAUAAACCGGCUUCUAGCCAAUAACCGUUACUUGCAGAGUAGCGAAGCAGUACACAGGCAAUCCGGAAGAGAGAAUGAGUGGAAACGAGAGUCUAUAGCCGUGGCCACACGGAGCGAAAAUUUGCGCCCAAAUUUACAAAUUAAUGCCAAAUCGUUUACGCUUCGAUAUGUUUACGUGGCCGGGUUGAGGAAAUUAAAAUCGUUUUUUUGAAGAAAAGGAUUGAAUACACUAGCAAUGAUCACUCACUGUCGAUGUAAACCACAAAAAGAACAUAUUGUGAGCCCUACCGUUUGCAAAAAGCUUUUACGCUAGGUUUUACGCUCCACGGACCUAUAAUCGUUUGACAGCAUGUAAACGGCAAGCGUAAACGUUUUGGCAUUAAUUUUUUCGUUUGCGCUAGAGUUUUCGCCCCGUGUGGCCACGGCUUAUCGGUUCCCCUGAAACGGGCCCCUGAUGGUUAGUGUGAACAGAGCACACAAGCAGCAGCAGGAAGCAGCACACGUGGCUGAGGCAGCACGACCUGCAAGCAUAGACAUAAGGUGGUAUACAGAGGGAGAAGUGAUGUGUCGAGCGGUUGGGUAUGACGCUGGAGAAAGUCAGGAAAAGUCCUAAGAUGAGAUUUAAUCUUAAACGUGGGCUCUGGUAGUGGCGCCAGAUAGACAACAAAUAAUUGCAACUAAGAGAUAUUGGCACACACCAAGUGCACAUAGCGAUGAUGAUGCUGAUGGCCGACGAUGACGACGACGACGACGAGCAGAGGAAAGGUGGAGUUUGUGCAAGGAGCCGGGUGGCAAUCGUCCGCCUUGCAUCCAAAUGCGUCGCGGCACUCACAGACAAACACCGUAUUGCGCUUUGUUAAGCACACACCAGUCCUCCUAUAACUGCACACUUGCGCCGCUCUC